AUGGGCAUACUAAGCUCGCAAGGUGGACUUGCCUCGUCUGCCCCAGUGUCGUACAAGACACCGAUGGGAGCGAAGCGCGAGGGUUUCGCAAGUGAUUAUGCGAAUAACGUGUGCUGGUUUGAUGCAGAAGACGACCUCGAGAGCGACGAUGGAUCCAUUUCCCCCGUGUCGGAUCCACGACAGGAUCGGAAGUCAGGAAACCACUGGGCUCGCUUUUUCCCCGAACUCUCAUCGCAUUUCUCACUCGUGUCCCCGAUAAGCACUAUGACGCCAGCGACAUCCUUAUCUCUGUCAUCCGCCGAAACACAGCAUUCCACUGAUCCCAGACCCCACGCUGACGAUGUAGGACAGAAAGCUGGUUCCUGCUCAUCGUCCUCGCCGGAGGGUUCCUCGUGCUACAGUCGGAGAUCAUCGGCAACAAGUCUGGACUCUGGAUCCCCAGGGUCCACUAAAAAGCGGGCUGAUACAUUUUCGAUAGUCUCCCCCGCUGACGCAGGAGUCUUUGACGAUCUGGCGUCAAUCCGACGGCCGCCUUCUCGCCCCUUGGUAAAAAAGCUCUCUGCAGCCGAGUUGAGGAAUAAGCCUCUCCCACUUGAGCCCGCCAUUCGGCUGACCCCACUCUCUGUCCGUCAUAAAGAUCCACCUAAAAUCCGUACCUCUACAUCCGCUAGCCCUCAGAGUGGGAAGUCAAGGCUCUCAGUGGCAGCAGAGGACUUGGAGAACACUCUCUCCGGUCUUAGAGCAGAUUCACCUACAGUCCCUUUACACUUACUGAACGAGCCACUACAAAUUAGCAGAGGCAAAAUGGAGAUGAUCCCGUCGCGCCCAGCACCGCAACCGCCAACCGAUAUGCGACCAAAACGAAAAGUUGAGGCACGUGAAGACGAAAGGGCAAGGAAGAACAAGGGGGCUUUCAAUUUCCAUUUGUCAGGUUUUAGCAGAAAAUACAGCCAUCUACAUGCCCGGUCGUGGAGCAGCCCGAAUAUGAGAUCGGAGGCGGGGUCUUCAGCCGUUCGUAUCCCGGAGGACUCCGACUGCAAAGAAUGUAAGAGCAAAGACGACAUGGCAGGCCUGCCAAGCUUCCCAAAUCCGAACCAGAUCUUGGAGCCUCUAUCCCAGUCCAUUGAAAGGGAGCUGCGGAUGCAGCUUCCGCGGCUGCAGGUAAAGGGGACCAAAACCGCCUGCUCACCAAUCCAGGAAAUAGAGCCCAGUACAGAAAAGGAAGCCAUUCAACGUCCCGAGAAGGUGGAGGCUUCGCAACGCGAAAAAUCACCGGAUCAAGUUAUUUUCAAGGAGAAGUUUUUUGUGUCUAAAAGCAAGAUAACGGUUUCCGUUUCUAAUAAUGUGUCUCACCAAAUGGAGAUAGCGGAGCUCCCGGAAAUGGUCUAUGAGCUCGACGGUGGCGCCCCGGAACCUCACAGGAAGCCUACAAUCUCAGAUUACCUGCCUACCUUACACAUGCCUGGGAACCUGCCUGACAAGGUGGUCCUUGCCUUUUUACGCGAAGUGGGCUCGCUUGACGAUCUUUUUCGUCUUGCCAUCAUUUCCAGACAGUUCUAUCGUGUUUUCAAAGAUCAUGAAUUAGAACUUAUCAAAGGCGCUGUCUUCACAAUGUCCCCUCCCGCGUGGGAGCUACGCGAAAUGAGCCCGCCAUGGAGUACCGAAUGGCAGAUCCUGGUGGACCCCGACAGCCCAGUCCCAGAAUACACCCCUGCUCUGUAUCUUCAGCGCUAUGCUCAAGAUAUCUAUACGCUUGCUCAACUCAAAUUGCUCAUUUUAACUCGGUGUGAAACGUUUCUGCGUCAGGAAACGAUCCGCGGUCUUACAGGCAAAGAUGAUGCGUGCGCCAAGGAAAUUGAUGAUGCCCUUUGGAGAAUCUGGACGUUUUGUCGUAUUUUUGGUAGUGGGAAGAGCCGAGAGGGUGAUAUCGUGGGUCAGGUGGACUGGCUGAACGGGGGUGCUAUGGCUGUGAGCGGCCGCAAGCAUGGGGCCACGGCGUCGGUUACUGAGCCAUUCGGCAUGUAUGACAUUCUGUUCGAACCUCCGACAGGGUUUGGGCAUGGUAACAAAGGCGGACUAUCAAACGAUCAACUGUACUAUAUGACUGAGAUGUGGACCUGCUUGGGCGUGCUCCUUCAACCAAUCCAUGGAAGAUGCAAAGAAGCCCGUGAAGCCGGCAUAUUUGCAGGUCAUCGAGUAACAGAACAGGACACUGCCAGGGCGGCAGCUGUGCUAGAGGAAUGGACGUACUAUGUUCUCACACUUGGCCCUUCAGCAGUUCUGAACAUGGCCUCGACCGGCCCCGGAGGCUGUGCGGCGACUUUGAGAAGAGCCCAGUCUAUCGGUUUGACCAAGUGGGAGUCUUCCGAGUCUGGGGUCAGUCGCUCGGCCUUUCUCAAGGAAGCGGUUUCGAAAGUCUAUAGGUCACGGUGUGAAAGUCCAUGUCAAUGGUCUCCACGAACGUCAGAGGACACUUCCCCUUCUUCUAAUGACACCGGCUCGCCGGCAAGUGCCAAUGCAAGAGCGGCCCAGCUUCAACUAGAAAAUGAACGUCGGAGACAGGCAGCCUACGCUGACCAGCUACGAACCCAACCGAGACGGCCAAUGAACGCAGGCCCCCACUCAUUUUCAGACGAACGCCCCAUCUCCAAAUAUUCCUUCAUCAUGAGCCGCCUUGAAGGUGAGCCAUACGAGCAACGUCCACCAAUGCCUGCACCACCCACGAUGGCGUCUUACGUUGCGUAUUGUGGACCGUCGAGCAGUCAAUAUGCAGUCAAGUCCCGACCGCCCCUUGCCCCGUACCAACAACCUCAGGUCCGCGAUCCUGUGGAUCAGGCUAUUGACAUGAUGGUGCGGGAGCUGGGUUUCCAAGAAGAAGACGCCAAAUGGGCGCUGAAAGUUACCGAUAGCGGCGAAGGGAUCAACGCGAAUGCUGCCGUAUCUCUUCUUAUCAGAGAGCACCAGAAUUACCAACGCAACAACAAUGUCGUUCCUAUGCGAGCAUAUCGCAGUAACAGUAUCUUAUCCUCGGUCAUCGCCAGCCCAGAAUCCAUCAAUUCUGUCUGGAGAUGGGCCUGA